AUGUUUAAUAAAUAUUUCACUACCCUAUCUUUAUUAUUUCUAUGUACAUCCAUAGAUGGUAAUAUUAUACGUGGUCGAAUAAUUUUACCAUUAUCGAACAUAAAACUACCAUCAACAGCACGUUUAUUAGUUGAAGUACAAGAUACAACAAUGGCUGACGAGAAAACUAUUACACUUGGACGCCAACAAAUAGAAAAUUUACAACAAUUUUCAAUUAAUUAUGAAAUAGAAUAUCAAAAAGAAAGUGUUAAACCAUCACAUCAAUAUUCAAUGUCAGCUAGAAUAACAUUACAAAAACAAUUAUUAUUUAUUAAUGAUGAAAAUAUUAAUGCUGAUAUUGAAAAUGGUGAUAAUCCACUAACUGUUGAUAUACCGGUUGUACAAGUAUCAGAAGUGCCGGAUGAUCAAUCGCAACCACCGCCGUUCACAGAUGAACCAUCAAAUCGACGUUGGCGAGAACUUGUUGGAAAAACUGGUGAAUAUGCUAUGGAAGUUAUUAAACGUGCCGGUUUUACAAAUGUAGUUAUUGUUCAGAAAGAUACUCCAUUAACUAUGGAUUAUCGUCCUGAUCGUGUUCGUAUUUUUGUUGAUGAUAGUGGAAUUGUUAACCAAAUACCACAAAAUGGCUAA